UGCUUUGCUUGCUUGGUUGGUUGAUUGUUGGCGCUGGCUCCCAAAACGAAGGCAGCGAGCGCGAUGUGAAUUCGGUCAUUUAGUAGAAUCGCGAGCUCAAUACGGUGCACACGCUUUACACGGGUGAAAUACGUAAUGCGCGCACAUACGAAUAUCGAAUAAAAACAGUGAAUGUGAAUGAUGAAUCUGGUGUUUUGAGGAAUUACUCAUAUUUAUUGUGAAUUUGUUUGUUAGCCAUACAUAUUGUUGACCAAAAAAUAAUAUGCAAUAGCGUUGUGAGUAAACGUUAUUUCAAAUAGAACGAGUCGAACAACCAUUUUCGUAGAGGUGCAUUGUAUGUGUGAUUUAAAAAGUCGAGAAAAAUUCGACGUAAACUUCAAUGCAAGACGCGGUAAUGGCGUGUGGUAUUUGCGGUUGAUUUGACAUUUCUUAGUGAUUGCUUCUGCUUGCGGAUGAACUAGUCGAAUACUGUAGAGUUGUAAGCAUCGAUUCCAGCUGAAAUUAAUGCAAAUUGCUAUUUAGAAUUCAGUAUUAAGCGCUAAGUCCGGUUAAGUGCUGGCCAAGUGAGCACAAGCGAUUGACUGUUAGAAAUAUACAUACAUACAUACAUACGAAUGUAUAUGUAUGUAUGUACGGGUGCAUGUGCCUAAUUAUAUAGGCAGCUAAAAAGUGGUACUAGAAUGGUCAGACUUGUCCAACGGAAAAAUAAAGUAAAACUUAGUUAAAACUUAAGUUGUUGUUUACUUCUCUGCGGAUGCGCAAAGUGGUUUUGCGAGAUAUUUGCUAGUCGGUCGUUUCAUUACAAACUUAUACAAAAGCGAAGCAAGGAUCGGAUAGUUAUUGAAGAUGAAAAAUCAACAACCGCCCGCUGAGCGCAAAAAUCCAGAAAAAAAAUUCCACCUCCACCCCUGCCAUAGGGAUUGAAAGGUGUUAGAAGGCCAUGGUUAGCUGGCAGAUACAUUUUUACAGGAAAUGAAAACUACGUCAAUUGUUGUUUAAUUGAAAGUGUGGUGUACGGAAGAGUAAGCAAACAUUGAAUUAAAUUACACAACAAACAAACAGUUAUGCAACAACAAGCAAAGGCGAAUUGAAAAGCAAAAAAUGCUAAAAAAAAUAUACUUUGCUGCAGUAAAAAACAACAUCAACACCAAGAGCAAAUAACAAACAGCAAACUCUACUUCCUGCAAAAAUAACAAUCGAAGUAACACAAUAGAAAAUACUCGAUAAAAGGACUAGGAAAGCGAAAGGAAAAAUUGAAAAAAAAAAUCCAUAUACUUACAUACAUAUGUAUGUAUGUAUGUAACAAUCUGCAACACAGCGCACGUAAUGCUGACAUUGGCAAUACAAGCAGCGAUAGCAACAACUAUUUACAGUGACAACUGCAGUUUUACUAACAACCAUGGUGUAAAUAAACGCACGUCGGCGUGGCUGUGGAACGUGUCACUGGCUCGUAUUUCAAAUGUCGAACGAGGAUUUAAAAUGAAUUUAAAAUAUACGCUAUAACAAUGGGCGAUAAAGAUAAACCAAGUACAAACAAUGCAACGACAAUGCCAACAAAAAUUUCAGACACAAAUGCAAACACAAAUAAAUUAGUUUAUUAUUUGCACAGCUUGACCACAAACGCACCUAUGAUAGCUGAAUUGUUGCAAAAAAACGUAGGAUAAAAUGUGUAAGCGCCAAAGGAAAGAACAUCGCAAAAACGAAAAAAGUUAAAAGUUAAAAGUAUGGGGUGGCUGGGUGCGAAAUCGAAUGAAUUGAAGCGUUAAAAUAUACAAAUAAAUAAAUGACUGUUUGUCUACAUUUAAGGGAAUAAUCAACAGGCACGCCAACAUCAACGCCAACAACGACUACAUUAACAAAAAAAUAAAUAAAAAAUAAAAUAAAGUAAAAAUUGCACAACACGCCGCGAUUGCCAACGCAAAAAGAUAAUGAUUAAAUUAAAAAUGAACGCCGCGGUUAACAACGCCGCCAAUAGCAAGCAAAACAAUAAAAGUGUAAAACAUAAAAAGUGUAAAAACAAUAAUAGAAAUAGCUUAAACAACAACAGCAACAACGAGUGUUACAGCUGCAGCAUAGCAGAUAGCAAUAGUGCGCUAUUGUGUGUAGCGACAGUAGAACAACGAGUGCAAAACAGCGAACAAAUAUGGUUAAAUACCUUACAGCAACAAAAACAGCAAACCGAUACAACCAACCACAGCGACAGCAAGGAUGCGCACCACCACCAACAAUACUACGACCACCAUCACCACCGCCUCCAACACUCACAGCAACAGCAACAGCAGCAGCAGUAUUUACAUGACCACCGGCAGCAGCAGCAGCAGCAGCAGCAAUGUUUGACAACAGUGCGUUAUGCGGAGCAUGUGCAACAACAAAGCGAACAGCAUAAGCAGCCAUUUCCGAUACACGCGCCUGAACAUCGGCAGCAACAAUUUAAUCAACAACAACCACAAUCUGAAGGCCGCCAGCAGCAGCAGCAACAACAACAACAUCCACAACGACAACGACCACGUCGAUGGCCAUCACAUUGUUAUGCGGAUACAAUACGCUGUGAAACCAUCAACAAUGAGAGUAGCAGUAGUAACAGCGACAUCGACAGCGACAGCGACCAUACCACCGACAGGAGUAAAUUUAAUCCAAUGCAAGCAUCGCUGCACUCAUUCACUACUUCAUCAUCGACCACAUCCACGUCAUCCACCACAACGUCGUCUUCGUAUGUUUCGUCGUCAACGCGCGGUUGCACGUCGUCAUCAACAGUGACGGCAGCAGCAGUGAAUGCGUCGGCGAGUGCGGUGGGAAAUUUGCGUGGCUUAUAUACAUUUACAACUGCCACAACUACCUCGCAAGCUGCAACUCCUACACUAUAUUUGUGGUGGCUAUUUGGUGUGUGUUUAAUACUCUUCACAAAUGGUGGACGUGACUGGCGGUCAACGGCAUUGACGCGUACAACAUUUAUGGUGGCAGCCUCGUAUUUGGAACCGGACGAACUGAUACACGAACUGGAUAGACCAGUACCUCUGACGUCUGUACAAGGCGUGCUAGGACGACAAGCUAUGCUACCUUGUGAUAUUUCACCCAUGGAACGCGAUGAUGCCGUAUAUAUGGUGCUGUGGUUUCGCGAAGGUGACGGUGAGCCGAUUUACAACUUUGACGUACGUGGUCGCCAAUUCGGUCAGGCGCGGCUGUGGUCCUCACCAUUGGCAUUCGGAACACGCGCCUACUUCAGCAGUACGUCACACCCCGCUCAACUGAAAAUCGAUAAUGUACGCAUCGAAGAUGAGGGCGUCUAUCGUUGUCGCGUGGAUUUCCGCAAUUCACCGACAAGAAAUCUGAAAAUCAAUCUCACCGUCAUUGUGCCACCAGAUCGUCCUGUGAUUUAUGGUCCCAACAGGCAUGACAAAGCCAGCAAUGUGGAGUCGUUUAACGAAGGCACUGAUAUUGUAUUGGCUUGUGAGGUGACAGGCGGACGUCCACGUCCAAAUGUAACAUGGUAUUUAGAUAAUACGGUGAUUGAUGAAUCAUUCGAGCAUCGCCCGGACGGCAAGACUGUUAACCACUUGUCAUAUCCAAAUAUUGGACGACAACAUUUGAAUGCGAGAUUAGUUUGUGUGGCAAGCAAUACGAAUCUAACGCCACCGAAUAACAAAGUGGUCAUACUCGAUGUCAAUUUGAAGCCGGUCGCUGUUCACAUUAUGACGAAGGAUCGGCCCAUUUCUGCUGACCGUACAUAUGACGUCGAAUGCAAGUCCUCUGGUUCCAAGCCGCCUGCGGUCAUCACGUGGUGGCGCAACAACAAACAGUUGAAAAAAUUUACAAAAAAUUUUAAUGAACCCGACAAUCAAUCUUUAAGUAUAUUGACAUUCACGCCCACGCGCGAGGACGAUGGUAAAUAUUUGACGUGUCGCGCCGAAAAUCAGUUCAUCGACGGCAGCACCAUAGAGGACAAAUGGCGAAUGGUUGUAUAUUAUCAGCCAACAGCUCAUCUCAAAAUGGGUUCUUCAUUGAAUCCAGAUGACAUAAAGGAAGGCGAUGACGUUUACUUUGAAUGCGUCAUACAAUCAAAUCCAAAGCCAUACAAAAUGUCGUGGUUUCAUAACGGCAAGGAACUGCAUUCCAAUGUUUCAGCUGGCAUCAUCCUUUCGGAUCAAUCACUCGUCCUGCAGAGUGUCUCACGUGCAUCCGCUGGUGAUUACACGUGUUUGGCUGUGAAUUCGGAGGGAAAGGGCGCCAGUAAUCCAGUUUCGUUGCAUAUACGCUUUUGCUGUCAUUUAUUUAUUACGUUUUUUAUUUUCUUUGCAGGUGCAUCGAAUGGCUUGACUGUUCCUCUUUCUCCAUUUUUGGCUGGUUUAACGCUUUUCUGUGCUCUCCUUUUUGCCGUAUCUUGUAUUGCCUUAGCUGCAAUAUACAGACGGUUCUCUAACAGGCAAACCGAUGGUAAUUUAAAACCAACGAAGCAUACGCAACUUUCCAUACCCUCAGAUUGUCAGCUGGAUCCAUUACAACCCAAUAACCAUCAUCACCAACAUCUACAGCAUAAUCACGAGCAAAGCAAUCAUCAAGCUCAUCACAGUCUUCUACAGGCGAAUGGCAAUGAGGGUGUCAUUGCCGGUGGUAGCACAUCACCGUCUGUUGGUGGUGGCGUCGGGAGUGGCGGUGUUGUGGCUGGUUUGAUUGGCAUUGAUACGUCGACGUUGCGGUCAACGGCGACCGGUCAUCAUCGGCAAAGUCCACUUGUGAUGGGCGAUGCAUUGGAAGGUGAUGACACCGAUCCAGAUGUCAUACCCAAUCAGUAUGAAAAGCGUCCACUAAAGUCGCUGGUGACUUCACCAAUAUUCCGCAGCCCUUCAGCGCGUCUACUGCAGCGUGACUACAGCAGUCCUGCGGACACGGACCGCGCUGGCACAUUGAGUAGCGGGAGCGUGAUUGGUGGCAUCACGAAUAGCUCAACGCUGAGCAGCGCCGACGGCAUCUCCAGUCUAGGCUCUUUGGUUGGAAACAAUAGCGUUGGCAGUAUUGGUGGCCUUGGCGUUGGCAACGAAGUGCUGCACUACACAUUUAGGCCAAGUAAACAAUUGAGUUAUGCUACCUUAAAUAAGAAGGGUAUAACUACCUGUAGUCCACCGCUAAAUAUAUCGCUUUAUAAUACAACAACUACAACAUCAUCAUCGCUAUCCUCAACGUACCAUUCCACGCCACAACCACAACCAAUGGAAGUAAGUUUACUCAGUCCGAAUAAUCCAUCGGUGACAUCAUCGUUGAGCGAAUAUCGAUUUCGACCGGAAGUGGUAACAACAUCGAAUCGCAUACAGGAAAGUUGUAUAUAAAUAAAUAUAAAUAUGGACUAUACUUUCAUGUGAAUAAGUAAAAUAUGUUGUGAGUGUAUGUAUCUGGCGUAAACGUAUCUAUGUACUUGAUGAAAGAUGAACUAAAAAUAGACUGACACAAAUUAAUCAAUUGUUUUCCAAAAAUAUAUAUUUUUUCUUUUUGUGCACAAGGCUUACACAUACAUACGCGUGUACGUAUAAAUUGAUGUUAAUUUAACAGUGAGAGGUUUAUCCCGCAUGAUGUCAGUGAUUUUGAUUAUCAAAAAUCAUUAUCACUUAAAGCAGCUCGGUGUUUUUAAAUGACUUUUCCAAGCUUCUCAAUCAUUUUAGAUCCGUAUUUCCAGCAUAUAUCUCACGAGGGGUUCUUCUAGUGUCAUCCCCUUCUCUCGAAAAAAAAA